CGGCCACCUAAAUCUGGACGGCCGCACCAUCAUUUCCGCCCUGUUCCGCCCCUCGAAUAGAGACGCGUGCCGCCUAUCAGAAUGCUCAAAAAGGGAAUCAGGUCACUUUUAAAAAACCUCCUUUUGACAUCGGCUCAUUUCACUCCUUCUCUCUUGUCCCUCCCUCUCAUCUUCUCACUUUCUUUACACCAUCAUGUCUCUGGUACAAAACGACGGCAAGGGAAUGGUUGACGGUCGUCAGCGCGAUCGUAUUGCCAACUACACCAAGUUCUGGAACAAGGAUAUCUCCAAGGAGGACGAGUCCCAUACCGACAGCCGUGUCGACAGUUACACUGAAGUCGUCAACGGCUACUACGACGGUGCUACUGAACUCUACGAGUUCGGCUGGGCGAAGUCGUUCCACUUUUGUCGUUUCUACCAGGGCGAGGGCUUCGAAGCUGCCCUCGCUAGGCAUGAGCACUACCUGGCUGCCCAAAUGCAGCUGCGUCCUGGAAUGCGUGUCCUGGACGUCGGAUGUGGUGUCGGUGGUCCCGCUCGCGCCAUUGCGCGUUUUGCCGACGUGGAGAUCGUUGGUCUGAACAACAACGAGUUCCAGUUGCAGCGGGCAAGAAAGUACACGAAGAAGGCUGGGUUGGAGAACCAGGUUACUUUCGUGCGGGGUGACUUCAUGAAGUUGGAGGAGCAGUUCGGCCCGAACUACUUUGAUGCAGUUUACGCCAUCGAGGCAACGUGCCAUGCCCCGACCUGGGAAGGUGUAUAUGGCGAAAUCUUCAAAGUGCUCAAACCCGGAGGCACAUUCGGUGUGUACGAGUGGUGCAUGACCGACGACUGGGAUGGUUCGAAUCCCGAGCACGCCAAGCUGCAACACGAGAUCGAGUUGGGCAACGGUAUUCCGGAGAUGCGCCCGUUGAAGCUUGCGCGUGAAGCAUUGAAGACUGUUGGCUUCAACAUCGUUCACGAGGAAGACUUGGCGGACCGACCUGACCCUAUUCCAUGGUACUACCCUCUCGAGGGAGAUAUCCGUAAGGCUCAGACUGUCUGGGAUUACUUCACUGUCUGGCGAAUGAGCUGGAGCGGCAUAUUUGUCACACACUUAUUUGUCUGGAUCAUGGAGAUGAUCGGACUCGCACCGAAGGGGACCUAUAGUGUCGGGGAGGCACUGCGACUCGCUGCUGUCGCCUUGGUCGCCGGUGGACAGACCAAGCUCUUCACCCCCAUGUAUCUUGUUGUGAGCAAGAAGCCCGCAGCUUGACCCUAGAUUUCGCUUCAGUAUACCUUUGCAUAUCCACAUAAUGUCGUAUCUUAUUUCUUCAAUCCGGAAUUGCUCCUACGAGACUACUUUGCUCCCUCAGUCCACGAGAUAUUGCCUCAGUCAAGCUUGAUUGGGAAUUGGCAUCUAUCUGUCCACGUGCACGUGUCACCAGCAACGCUUCUGUAUUUUGCCCUCUUCGGUCUGCCAGGUCCCUUGAACGGGACACGCUCUACUUCGCGAUGCUACUGCCAGCCAACCUCCUUUCGCUCUCUAUUUUCACGCUAUCUGUACUCGUUGGACGCUCGAAUGCUGUCGACAGCGACAAAACGAAGAUUGGCAACAGCACAAUUGACCGGACCGUUCAAUUGCGGACGCACUCCAUCUAUGCCCCAUUUAUAGACCAAGACCUGCAAAACCGAUGGUGGGACUUUGGAGGGGACGCAUACGUUAACACGAAUAAACACAUUCGACUCACGCAGCAACGCUCCUCAGAAACUGGUUGGCUAUGGUCACGGCUACCUCUCACCGCGACAAACUUCGUGAUCGAAGUGGAAUUCAAGGUGUCGGGUGACCCAGGACAUUUGUUCGGGGACGGAAUGGCCGUCUGGCUCACUACAACGAGGGCGCAACCUGGUCCGGUGUUUGGUAACAAGGAUGAGUUCCAAGGCCUUGGUAUCUUCUUGGAUACGUACGCGAACAUUAGACACGGCUACUCUUUCCCUCGUAUAGUUGGAAUGAUCGGAGAUGGCAAGACAAAGUACGAUGCUGAUAACGAUGGUGACGGCCAGGAGAUCGGCGCCUGCUCAGGCAACUUCCGACAGACCAAUGUGGCUACGAAGCUGAAGAUCACCUAUGUGAAGAACGGCUUUCUGGAUGUCAAAAUCCAGUACCGGGCUUGGGACGAAUGGACUGAUUGUUUCCACAAGGAGAAGGUUGACCUCGUUGCUGCUCCGUUCCUUGGAUUUUCUGCUUUGACGGGCGCUGUCUCUGACAACCAUGACAUCAUUGCCGUGACAUCGUAUUCGGCCGUGCUUUCUGCCCCCAGUGCUCAGCGAGACAAAGCCAGCACGAGCUUCUUUUCGCGCAAAGGGAGAGUGACUGACGGCGGCGAAGGAGGUUCUUGGUUCGGCUUUUUGUUCAAACUCUUCCUUUUCGCUGGCGUGUGCGCUGGUGGAUACUACGGGUAUGGCGAAUACAAGCGACGCAAUAUGUAUGGUGCAGGCAGCUUUGGCGGUGGCAUGAUGGGCGGUGGACGCGGUGGCUAUGGCGGUAUGGGCGGUAUGUACGAUAAAAGAUUCUGAUUCUCAGCACGCGAGUACUGCGAUACACAGUUAUUUAUUGUUUUUGCUGUGCGAACCAUCCUGCAAGUCAAGUGUCAAAUCGAGUCGUGUAUGCGCAUUGCUGUCAAACAAACACUGCAUCAGUUCGACCCAAAAAUGUCUUCAGCAUUUUGGACUCCACUACAACCAGCUCAUGCGCGCUCCAACGCUGAUCGCAUUCUAAACGCAUCUCUCGCAUCCGUGCACUUUGUCAGGCCGUUCAAAAACAAGUGAAAACGGUGCGGUACACGACGCAGGAUGUCCUCGACGACCUCUCAGCAGUCGGAUACUGGGCCCAGACGGAGUGGUCGCUCCCCUAGGCCGCCAACGCUGCUGGAGUUGCAGCUGAAUUAUGCUGGCGCAAAGGAUGAGAUGAAUGCGGACGUGAAGGACUCAGUUCCAGCCACUGGCACUGAGAUUUCGAAGCGCGGGAAGGUCGAUCCCGAAGCCAGUGGCAGGCGCGCGGCGAUUGUGGAUGUCGUCCCAGAGGCAGAGAAGGUCCAGGAGAAGGAUCCGAGUGUUGCUGCCGGUGAGAAGCAUGAUUCAGAAGGCUCGUCUGUCCUCAAGAUAUCGCGCUUUCCCAAAAAGAAAGCUACCCACGUCCCUGCCAUCGACACUGCGCCCGCACCACGUGCGACGCGUUCCCGAGCAUUGCCACCCCUUCCGCUCUCGGUCUCCGCAUCCCUCCCUCCUAAAUCCAAAGUGAAACCGCCUUCUUCAGCUCAAGUAGAGCUUAACGGUGUUGAUGUAUCGAAGAGGCGGGGAAAGCAGAAGUCUACUCCUAGCGACGUUGAAUCUGCAACGACCCGGCGGAAGACGCUGGCCAAGGAAACUCCUGUACUCGUCUCCUCCCGACUGUCGCGCAAACGACCAAGCCCGAAUUCUCAUCUGGAUGUUCCGCCUAGGAAACGGAGGAAACGUGGAGAAGAGUUGGACGGCGAUAGUUCUCGUCAAGCUGGAAGUUCUCCUUUGAAAAUACAGCAAACCAGCGAGAGUAUCAGUGCUCCUCCGGGGCGUAUGCUUCCACAUCGUGCUGCAGCGUACAGACCUGAGACUAAAGCGUCUUCGAAGCUAAUUGCCCCGGCUCGUGUCAAACGAGUAAGACUCAUCGUCCGUCGGCCUCCCCUGGAAUAUAUAACAAAUCCCCGGCAACGGCCCCCUGCACCUCGCUUUGAGUGGUCGGUGACCAAGUUUCUAAGCAGCUACAUGACCGUCAACGACAAGACGUUCUCUCUGCUGGACCCAGAGAUCCUGAGACUUAUCCACGAAGAAGCCGUGUUGAGGGAGAGGAUGGCGGCCAUCAAACGUGCCGGUGCUUGGCUUGGGACAGAUCUGUUCGACGCGAUGCAGGCUCUAGGGCAGGAUGGGCUCGAGCAGGAAGCUAAGGAGGGCCAGAAUGAGUCGCCACCUGUGGAUGCUUGGGAUGCCGUCGUUCGAGAUGUACAAGCACGCGAUCUGCCCGAGAAAAGUGCAGGCGAGAUCGUCGGGGGCCUAAUUGCAUCUAAAAUCAAGUCCUAUUGGGAAGUUCGAGCGUCGAAACUGGAGAAAGGCCGUGCGAUGGAGGAACGGAGGAUGAAGGGUGUGGCGCGAGCUGUGAUGAAGCUGGUGAUCGCCGAGUGGAAGAAAGCGGUCUACCAUGUUCGAGAGCAGGAACGCAUUGAGCUCGAGGCUGAAGAGCUAAGGCGCGGACAGGACCAUCUCGAUGCUAUUCUUGAUCAAUCGGGUCAGAUUCUGGAGACGCAACAAGGUGCAUUUGCACGCGGCACUGGAGACGCUUGGAACUCUCGCAGUCGGUCAGUCAGUCUCUCUGCUUGGGAUGAGGAGGACAGUGAUGAGAGCGAGGACGAAGAUCAAGAGCAGAUCGCAGACGUGGAAGAUGAGGAGCCCAGACGACAAGAAGAAGAAGAGGAGGAGGAUAUCGGCAAGCCAAACGAACUCCAAUCUUUGGAGCCAACUUCAUCAGAACAUGUCGCAGUACCGGAUGACGACAUGCUUCAGAGCGAUGUAGCACUACCCGGAAGUGAUACUCGGGCAAACAUUGACGAAUCGAUGUCUAGUCACGGAAAGACGCCACCGGCCGAGUCCCUGCCGUCCGCCGCUCCCUAUCUGCAGCCAUACGCCGUUGCUCCUGUGCACUGGGAUCCCGCCCAGCACGUGACGCCGCCAUCACUUCUUCGUGGCUUGCUCCGUCCGUAUCAGCAGUCUGGUCUUGAAUGGCUCGCGAGCCUGCACACGAACAAUCUGAAUGGCAUUCUGGCCGAUGAAAUGGGUCUUGGGAAGACUAUUCAGACCAUCUCAUUGCUCGCGCAUCUCGCCUGUGAUCGAGGAAUUUGGGGUCCUCAUCUCAUUAUCGUCCCCACAAGUGUUCUUUUGAAUUGGGAGAUGGAGUUCAAGAAGUUCUUACCUGGUUUCCGCAUCGUCAGCUACCACGGCCCUCCCAAACGACGCAAAGAGCUGCGACAAGGCUGGAACGAUAAACACCGGUUCAAUGUAUGCAUCACAUCAUACACCCUUGCCAGCCGGGACGCCGCGAUUCUCAAGCGGAAGAACUGGUACUACUUGAUCUUGGAUGAAGCUCAUAUGAUUAAGAACUUCAAAUCACAGCGAUGGACGACAUUGCUCAUGUUUCGGUCUUUCCGGCGACUGCUGCUUACAGGAACCCCUCUGCAGAAUAAUUUGACAGAGCUUUGGUCGUUGCUGCAGUUCCUCAUGUCAGGCUCUGAUUUUGUAAACCUCAAAGAGUUCGGUGAUAUCUUCUCCAAUCCACUGGAAAGAGCAAUUGAAGCAGGAAAUAUUCUCGAUGAAGAAACGCUACAGCGAGUCAGCAAACUGCACACAGUGUUGCGGCCCUAUCUUCUUCGACGUCUGAAGCGCGAUGUCGAGAAAGAACUCCCUUCCAAAUACGAACACCUUGUCCUCUGCCCCCUCUCGAAGCGUCAGCGAUUUCUGUACGACGAAUUCAUGUCCAAGGCUCAAACCAGAGACGCCCUUGAGUCGGGGGUGUACCAGAAGAUCGCAAACAUCCUGAUGCAGCUACGAAAAGUGUGCAACCACCCCGACUUGUUCGAAGUGCGUCCAAUUGUAACGUCGUUCGCCAUCGAGCGCAGUGUCGUCUCCGAUUUCGAGAUCAAAGAGCUCUUGCUUCGACGGAAGCUGCUGACAACCACGGAGGAACCCAAUUUGGAUGCACUAGGGUUCCACUUCGUGGGGCGGCAAGGGACUUCACAAAUUGCAGCUGAGGAGAUCAGAAUGUUGGAUGGGACUGCACGGCUUGGAUGUGCGGGUGUUGACGAGAGGCCGCCUGCCAAAGAUCUGCGCACAAUAGCUGGAUAUCGUGCCUAUCACAUCUACCAGCGACGAGCUGCAGAGCUGGCAAGAUCGUCUCGACUAGCCUCUUUGAACAGCGUGCGGUGCAACCGGCCCAAUCCAAUCUACAGCUCUGAAACGCUCGCCAUCAUCAGUACCAUGACCCGACCACUAGUUCCUCUCUCUGCGCUUGACCACCGAGCGGAAUAUAUGGAUAUUUGCCACGCUGCAUAUGCUGCAGUGAGGUCAUAUGCGGAGCGAGCGGAGGAGAUGGCUACUGUCAUUGACCGCUUUGCAAUCAUCACACCUGCUGCAGUUGCCAGAGAUCUUCCGCGCUUUGCGCUCGCCGGCCAGCCAAUCAGCGACGAUGUCGACAUCGACCUGCUACACCGUGCGAGUGUCAAGUUGCAGAUCGCGUUCCCUGAUCCCUUGUUGCUCCAGUACGAUUGUGGCAAGCUGCAGAAGCUGGCGCAGCUCUUGCGAGAAAAGAAAGCCGGCGGCCACCGGGUGCUCGUGUUUACGCAGAUGACCAAGAUUCUCGAUAUCCUGGAAAUGUUUCUCAGCUUCCACGGGUAUCUGUAUCUGCGGCUCGAUGGUUCAACCCGAAUCGAGGAUAGGCAAUAUAUCACAGAACUCUUCAAUAAGGACCCGAGGAUUUUUUGUUUUAUUGCCUCCUCUCGAUCUGGGGGCGUGGGAAUCAACCUCACUGGAGCGGACACUGUGGUGUUCUAUGACAGCGACUUCAAUCCUCAGAUGGACCGACAGUGCGAAGACAGGGCCCACCGCAUCGGCCAGAUCCGGGAUGUCCAUAUUUACCGUUUUGUGUCGCAGCACACAGUCGAAGAAGCCAUGCUGCGAAAAGCCAACCAGAAACGGACCCUUGACAAUCUGGUGAUCCAGAAAGGCGAAUUCGACUGGCGCACCUUGUUUUCUGACGACUCGUUGAACUACGCAAUGGAACAGUUCGUCGAUAAAGAGGACGCCGAUGCGGCGAAGGUGGCUGCUCAUGAGCAGGUCGAGAUGGAUGGCCAAGAUGAUGAGGAUUUCGGGAACCAAGAGGAUGUGGUGACUCAAGACCCAGAUCCGGCGAAACAAGACCAAGAUCUAGAGCACGAAGCACAAGCAGACGUCGAGGACGAAGAUGGGGGAAGCAUUGCUGAUUACAUGUUGGCCUGUGUGCAGCGCGAGCCAGAGUUUUUCAGAGACUGGAAGGUGUGACAUGUCAAUAUCUUGCCACUUGGCGCAUUACAAUUGUAUUGGAUGUCACAAAGGCAAUACCAACUAUUCUAUCUGUAUCGUGGGUUAUGUUGUAUCUCAAAAGAAAAGUAAUGUUUGUUUGGCCAAUCAAGCUGUAAAUCCUCAGAUCUGCACCCUCAGACAAGAAAACCCAACCAUACCAGUUCGUUGUGAGAGGUUUCGUAAUUGGUUCAACGAUCUGAUCAUCUUCUCUUCGUAGGGUGCCAUGCCCUGUGCAAAGUCGGCAUAAUUCAUGGGUAUGGGCUCCAUGAUCAUGCUGUCUUCGUUCUCGAGCGUUGUUUUUAGCUCCCGGAGGAUGCGAACAGAAAUAGGGGUAUAUCCUUGAGAGGUGCUAGCAGGCGCGAUAGGCAGUGGAGAUAGUGGCAUUGGCGGGUCUGGGAAUGAGGACGACGAUGAUAGUGAUGAUGCCCGGGGGUCGGGAGCGACGCUGGCCGCUGGCGGUGUCGGCAGAAUAGGACGGGAGCUUGACGCAGAGCCUGUCAUGAGGACCACGGGCAGCUCGGCGUGGAACGUUAUGACGGGGGAGUGCAUAGGCUCUGGUUCCAGUGCGAGUGACGUGCUUCGUGAGCAUGCGGGCGUCGGGAGUCGGCAUUCAGAUUGACCGGCUGACGCUGUGGGACGCCGGCCGCGGUCCAUCAUCGUGAUGCCCUUCGCAUCUUCUUCUUCGUCGCCACCAGACAAGGGAUAUUCGGGUUUUGCCCAGAGAUCGGGGUCAGCAGACGAGAGCAUCGGCGACCCGACCACAUCUGUGGGUGCGGGGCUAUGAUACGCGCGCUGGGCAAGCGCCGCCGAUAUGGGCGCGGUCGUGUCCAGGCCCAAUCUCGACGUCGACGCUGAUCCCGGUCCCAACUUGGUCAAAGCACGUGCGGCCGCCUGGCGAUCGAGUGUUUCACGUCGCAGGAGCCACUGUCGGAUGUCUUGCGGUGUCGCGCCUUCUGCAAGGUAUAUGGGCGAGUUGCACCAUACGUCGUACGAGGGCUCGCGGGCUGUGGGGGCGGUCGAUUGCCAGACGUGUUCAAGCCACCCACGGACGCUGUCGUUCAAGGAUGGACAAGAGG